UUGAUUUGACUUCUUGGGACACAAAGGGUUAAGGUUGGUAGUAAAAAUCGAUGUGUUGCUAAGAUACCACAAUCAAACAUUUCAAACGUCAAAUAUAAUAGCAUCAUGCAAAGACAACAUUCUUUUUCGAUUUUAAACGAUUCCAAAAAAUCCUCAAAGAAAAAUAACCAAAAAGAAUCUUUAAGUGAUUUUUUAAGUGACUCCGAAGAAGAAAUUUCGAUAGAAACUCCCGGAAAAGUACCCCAAAUCCCCGACGUAACAGACGCUUUGAGCCAUGUCAACGGAAUACGGCAAAAAAUUACAAGCGCCGGCCCCUCUUCCGAUAGAAAAAGUUCAAAUUUAAGCUCAGAUAGUGAUUCGGAAUCGGGCGAAAAGAAAAAGAAUAUUCCCGGGGAGUAUGACCCGAAAAAUUUCGACGAUUUAGACGUAAACGAGGAAGUUAGAGAUUUAUUUCAGUUUAUUAUUAAAUAUACCCCGCAAAAUUUAAAUUUGGAUUUCAAAUUUAAACCGUUUAUACCCGAUUAUAUCCCGGCCGUUGGAGAUAUCGAUGCUUUUAUUAAAGUGGUCCCACCGCAACAAGGAAUCGAUGAUGAUGAGAAAAAUGGAAUUAAAACGGAUCAUUUGGGGUUAACAGUUUUAGAUGAACCUUCAGCAGCACAAAGCGACCCAGCUUUGUUACAUUUACAACUAAGAGCUUCUUCGGUUAAUUCACAAACGGAUCAAAAAGAUAUUGUUGUUAAAUCAGUUGAGAACGUUGAAAAAAACGUUAAAGUUAUUGAUAAAUGGAUUAAAGAUAUGAACGAUUUACAUAAAAGUAAAUCAUCCCCUGUUGUUCGUUAUUCAGACCCAAUGCCUGAUUUGGAUGAUUUGAUGGAACAAUGGCCCGAAAACAUCGACAAUUUAAUAAAAAUCCAAGGAAUACCUCACUUUUCAGCAUUUGAAACAUUAACUGAAUACAUCGACGUUAUUUGUUGCAUUUUUGAUAUCCCCGUUUAUCAAAAUCGAUUGGGAUCGCUACAUUUAUUUUUUAGUUUAUGCGCUGCCGUUAAAAACUCACAAAUAUAUCAAAGUUCCGUUUAUAAUGAAACCUUUUCUGAUAAUAAAACAAUAAACGGGGAAAGUGACCAAUUAGUUCUCGAUUAAAUCAAUAAAUGAAGUUAUAAAAAAAUCUUGUUUGAGUUUUAUUUAUGGAAACUUUUUUAAUAAUAA